AAAAAAUUGUUAACUUUUGUAUUUCAGCAGACAGAGGGAUGCCACGUAGCAAGCGUAGAGGACCUUCUAGCACAAAUCAUACUCCUAUUGAUAUGUCAGUAGCUGGCGCACACGAAGACAGUUUACCUAGGCAUCCUUCGAAACGAUUAAGACAUACCUCUAGUGCCAGAAGAUAUACAAAAACUGACGAUAUAUCCAACGCGUCGGCGUUUUCUCAGAAGCGUUGCAUCACUUGGUUUAGAGAGUAUACCUCGCCAGACGAUCCGGAUACUCUUGGACCGGAAGGAAUGGAGAAAUUUUGCGAGGAUAUCGGUGUAGAACCCGAAAACGUAGUAAUGCUCGUUCUUGCAUACAGAAUGAACGCUCGUCAAAUGGGCUUUUUCACUCUGAGCGAAUGGCUGAAGGGUUUCUCGGAACUUCAGUGCGAUUCUAUUAGUAAAGUACAACAAAAGCUCGAGUACCUAAGGAAUCAAUUAAACGAUCCACACACGUUUAAAGGGAUUUAUAGAUAUGCUUACGACUUUGCCCGAGACAAAGAUCAACGAAGUAUGGACAUGGAUACCGCAAAAGUAAUGCUACAGCUGCUUUUGGGAAAACAUUGGCCACUGUUCACACAGUUUGCUCAGUUCCUAGAUCAAUCCAAGUACAAAGUGAUCAAUAAGGAUCAAUGGUGCAACAUAUUAGAAUUUUCACGUACAAUCAAUCACGAUUUAUCUAAUUAUGAUUUAGACGGAGCGUGGCCAGUAAUGCUCGACGAGUUUGUUGAGUGGUUAAAAAUUCAACGAGGCGAGGCAUCGUCAUCGAUAGAAGCAAGAGGCAGCUGAAAGAUCUUGUAAGAAUAGUCCAUUGAAAUAAGAACAAUUCGUUUCUUUAUCAUGAUAUUCUGUUAAUAACAAAAUUUCCGUUCAUAAAUCAUAAUCUCGCAACACUUAAAUUAUCGUCAUUUGUACUAAUUUUCUUUUCUUUUCUUUUUUUAAGAGAUAAUAACGUAUUGUAAGUAGCUUAAUAUGAUUUUCAGUAUCUCCUAUACGGACUCGGCUGAAAAUCCUCGUUUAAUAUCGCUCUCAAUUAUUUAUCACCAUUUACAAAUUAAUCCUCUAGGAUUUGUCGCAGAAAAACUCUUGUGAUUAAAAAUAAAACUAUUUUGAUAAGAGAGAGAGAUUUACUUGUGCAAUUUGUAAAAAUAAUUUGAGAUAUCAUAAAUUUUCAAGGAUAAGUAAGUUGAGAUAAUACAACUUUUUGAAAUUGUGUAAUAUUUAAGACGAUGAUUGCCAUUUGACUUCCAGUGAUUGUAGACUGCACAUUUUAUAUCAAUGCAGAUUAUAAAGAUUCUUUUCACGUUAUUUUUUCAAUAAAAUUAUAUAUAUCAUUUAAAUAAAUCGAUAAUCGCCAUGCUUUUACAUGGCUUUCAUAUUACAUGACUUUCACAUUCCGUAUCAUUAAAUUAAUAUCUGUAUAUUUAUAAAUAUUCACAAUUUUUGAACAAAUUCUGUUGUUAACUUUCUGUGUACCUGUGUUGCAAAUCUUAUGUAAUACUGACAUUUUUUACAAAAUUUAGGUAUAUAUAAUAUUGUCAAUCGGAAACAUUUAAGAAAUACGCGAAUAUCACUAAGUAGAAAUCAUUGGUGAAAGAAAUAAGACAUACAUUAUGGCACAGGUGCUACUACAACGUUUAGUAUUCCUAAAAAUGGUACCACAAAAUGUCAAUAUCAUGUGCUAUUUAGUCAAAAUUAAGUAUAAUUCCUGUAAAUGCUAAAAUUAUGGAUGUACAUUAGAAUAACGAAUUCUUAUUAAAACACAAUAAUAUUUAUUCAAUGCAACUAUUUCUCGAUCUCUACCGAUAUCACAGUUUAUGCUUUAUUAAUGGGGGGAGGAAGGGACAAAAUUUAUUAACAAAAAAUAGAUUUAUUUCAUAAUUAUUCACGUACAAAAGUUUCCCUGUUAAUACGCGUCUAGAUAUAAAAAUAACAUUGUUUUAUCCAGUAGUAAUAACAAUGUAUGUAUCUAAAUCGACUAUUAUCUCGUUCAAUUUCUGUGACCAUCUCGUAUCUCGAAUCUUCAAGACUUAAUAUUUCGAAUCACACACAUCGCCAAGAAUUUUUGCGAAUAUUUCGAAACUGAGUAUGUGUGUGGUGGUUGUAUAAAAUAACUAUACAAAAUAUAUAUUUGUGUUUGAUAAAAUGGCGCUAACGCGCAACUCACAUUUCAUGAAUUUAUGAAAUUGACUAUUGAAUUUAUAUAUGUCAAUAAAGUCACCUGUAAAUCAAUUUAAUGAAAUGCAAGAAGACACAUAGCAAUCGACAAUAUCGAUCAUGGAUUUUCGUUCAAUUUUUAAUGCCAUGUUGGGAAUAUUUAUAUAUUUCUGAAUACUUGAAUAUUUUUCUUGUACAUGUACCUCUAUUAUAAAUAAUUGCAAUUAGUAUCAUAUUAACAAUGCAUAUAACUUUUGCAUUUUUCUCAUAGCUUAUAAAUACAAUAAAUACAAAAUUUUUGGAAAGAAAAUAUUCAUUAAAUAUUUGUAGAUUUACAUGUUGCAAGUAAGUUAAAAAUGUAAAUUAUAAUUCGUUCCAGUCUGUUGCAAUAUUACUGCCAUCACUGGAGAAUGUAAUGUAUUGGACGAUAUAAUGAGGAGUGAAUAAAAUACCUUUUCCA